AUGAAGGCGGCGGGGAAGGAGGUGGCGGGGAAGAAGGCGGCGGGGAAGAAGGCGGCAGGGGAGGAGCCGCAGGGGAGGAAGGCGGCGGGGAAGAAGGCGGCAGUCCUUCCUCCCUUCGGACGCGCGACUUGCAAUAGCAGCCAGUGUGAAGUUAGGUACGUAGACCUCUGUGAUGCGAGUUCUUCCUCAGUCGAGAUCCGCUUCAACGAGCGUUUGUCGCUUCAGUCUGCUUCGGAAUGUCAGUCUGCUUCGGAACGAACACAGCCGGGCUCUCCCCGGGCGAUCGGGGCAGCCCUCGGGUCACUCAAUUACAUCACAGGCCAAACCACCGACGGCGAUCGUACGGUGUCUUUCGUGGCAGCCUCGACAGCUCGCAGCUCCUUCAUCAGAGAUUUGCUGCUCUGUCCCGGUGUCCGAGGUCCUGCGUAUGAACACCUUUACGGCUGCGCACCGCAAGGUGUCCUUCACUCCUCAGAUAUCGCAGCCGCCUGUCGUGGAGACGCCUGCUUGCAUGGUCAAUGUGGUGAACUUGAGGCCAGUUGGGAAGCCAUGCCCUGCGUGUGCUGA